UGUCUCGUGAUUCUAGCGGGUCAUAGGAUAAAUGUCUUUCUCCUUUCAGUAAGUAUUGAAGUGUUUUCUGUAUAUUUAUGUAUAUACUACACAUAGCUUGUUUCGGUGCUUGCCAUUGACGAGCAUAUACAACUUAUACAGAUCACAGGAUCUAGAAUUGGUUGCGAACACGGACCCAGGUUGUUAGUUCCUGUUGUGAUCGCUUCGUUCUUCGCUUCGUUCUUCUGCUACGAGAAUGGCUCCUCGAAUUUAUUACUCUUCGUACCCUUCCGUUCCCCUGCAUACUCGUUCCAUCUUCACACAUCUUCUCUCUGUGGAUCCAAAUAAUGGAAAAAUUGGGGGUUUUCCAGCUCAAGAAAAGGUAUUUGUAGAUGCUGCCACGGGAAUUUCUAUUAGUCGCCAGGAUUUGAGAACCUUGUCUUUGAAAUUCGGGUAUGGACUGAGGCAUGAUCCAAGAGUAAAAGCUCAACGUGGGGACGUGGUGUUGGUGUUUUCUCCGAAUUCUUUGCAAUAUCCUGUAUACAUACUCGGAGCUAUCGCGGCCGGUAUGCGUUGUACGUUGACGAAUAAUGCUUAUACUGCACGGGAGCUGCAACAUCAAUACAUCGACAGCGGAGCUACCAUGAUCAUAACUACUUCCGAGAAUCUGAGUGUUGCCUUGGAAAUGCUCAUCGUAGGACUCGGAUUAUCCCAGACUGACGCUGAAAACCGAAUCAUUAUUUCACAAAAUAGUCUUGCAUGGGCUAGUGGUCUAGUAUCGUCACGGUCAGAAGGCGAGGCAACUCGCGAUCUUAUAACGUUCGAUCAGCUUCUUGGGAUCGGUGAACUGCAAAACGAGGAAGAAUUUGACGGUGAAAGUGCCCAGGAAACAGCACUGUUGUGUUACAGUUCUGGUACAACCGGUCAACCAAAGACCACUCAUCAAAAUCUGACUACGGCCACGGAGACUAUUGAUCUUGUCCUGGGCUAUAAAGCGGGAGAUCGGCUUUUGAUUUUCCUUCCCUUUUACCACAUCUAUGGGGCCGUAUCAGGUCUUCUCUUCCCAAUAUUCUGCGGGACCACGACCGUCAUUAUGGCUCGAUUUGACUUAAUCGAUUUUUGCGUCGCAGUAGAGAGGUACCGCAUCACCGCCGUGUUGGUUGUUCCUCCAGUGAUGCUGGCCAUAGCUCGGCAUCCAGCGAUCGAUAAAUUCGACCUCUCUUCGAUAUGGCUAUUGUUUUCUAGCGCUGCGCCUGUCUCACCGACACUUAUCAAGGAGGCGAAGAAACGUUUGUUAGCGAAGCGAAAGCCUGAAGAAACUUUGUAUAUCACCGAGGGGUAUGGUAUGACCGAGUGUUCUCCUGCAUCGCAUAUACUCCCUCUGGACAGUUCUGUAUUAAAAAUGGGCAGUGUUGGUGUAUUACUGCCAAAUUAUCAAGCACGUCUAGUGGCGGACGAUUCUGGCGAGACAGAAGUUGACGCAGAGGAGGGAAUUCCGGGUGAAUUGUGGCUGAAGGGGCCUUCUGUGAUGAAGGGAUAUCUUAACAACCUGACCGCAAACAAGGACUCCUUCACCACUGAUAGAUGGUAUAAGACAGGUGAUAUAUGUGUAAGGGAUAAAGAGGGAUUUUAUUUCAUCGUCGACAGGAAGAAAGAGCUCAUAAAGUACAAGGUUCUUCCACCAGCUGAGCUCGAGAGCGUGCUCAUAACUCAUCCUGAGGUCGCUGAUGCAGCGGUGAUUGGAGUACACAAUGAGAACGAUAUGACAGAACUUCCGCGAGCAUACGUGGUCCACACACAACCGGCGAAGAUAUCCACGUCCGAGUCUAAGAAAUCCUUUGAGAAAUCCGUGGCAAAGUGGAUGGAGUCUAAGGUCGCAAGGCAUAAGUACCUCAGAGGAGGUGAUGCCGCGGGGAAGAUCCUUCGACGAGAGCUUCGUGCAAUGGCAAAGAGGGAGCCGGUUCAGAGCAAAUUAUAAUGUGAAAUAAGUUAUAUACCCCAUGUACUUUGAUACUUUGGCCAAAUAAUCAGUGUCAGAACUGGUGCUGAGACUCUGAGGUCGGAGAGGGACUGAAGAGGGAAGGUG